AUGAGUUGGUCUACCAUCUUUUACGUCUGGUCUGGCGUGACAUGUUUGUUGUUGUUGGGAGUGCUUGGUGUUGUGAUCCACGAUGUCAUUCUAUGGAAACGAAUGCCACCAGGUCCUCAACCUUUACCAUUCAUCGGCAACAAAUUGGAUGUCCCAGCCAAGUACCCGUGGAUUCAGUUCCAGGAAUGGUCGAGGAAAUAUGGACCAAUUUACACCUUGUGGUUCGGUCGACGGCCAACUGUGAUCAUUUCUGAUCCCAAUGUGGCCGUCGACCUGCUGGAGAAGCGCUCCCACAAGUACAGUUCACGCCCUCGUUUUGUGGCCAUGGGGGAGAUCUUCUGGGAUAUGAGCAGUAUCCUCGUGCAGCCGUAUGGCAAGGACUGGUCCGUGCGGCGGAAAGCUCUGCACAGCGUGCUCACGCAGAAAGCGCUCCAGCACUACAAGCCCGUCCAGGAGGCUGAAGGCGCCCGUCUCUGUCAUCAACUUCUCGAGCACCCGGAGGACCUGGACAAUCUUCUGAACCGCUUCACGGCAUCGAUCGUCUUCACCAUCGCCUACGGACACCGCAUCGACAGUAUGCAGUCGCCCAUCAUCCGCCAGCGGAUGAAGAUCAUGCAUUGGAAUGCCGCGCUCAACGUGCCCGGUCGGUAUCUUGUCGAAUCAUUCCCCGUACUCAAGCACAUUCCCGACAGCUUGGCGCCGUGGAAGCGAGAGAUCAAAUCCUGGGGCAAGGAGGAAGAGCAAGCCAACGCCCAACUACUCGAGUACGUGCGCGAGGACAUUGAAAACGCGAAGAAACCAGGCGCUCCACCUCUCCCAAACAGUCUGGCGAAGCAGCUCCUGGAGAACCGCGCCGCAGAUCCCUCUGCGUUCGCUCUUCUGCGAGAAAGGGACUUUGCAAGCUUACCCGCGUCCGUGUUCGGCGCGGGCGCAGACACCACGGCAUCGACUCUCUCUUCCGCGAUCCUCGCCAUUAUCACCAACCAAGAAGUCCUGGCGGCCGCGCACGCCGAGCUCGAUGCGGUCAUCGGCCAGGACCGCCUGCCCACUUACACGGACGAGCCCUCAUUGCCUUACAUCAAAGCCAUUUGCAAGGAAGCCCUUCGCUGGCGGCCCGUGGCCGUGCUGGGGGGCACACCGCACGCGAGCACCGAAGCCGACACCUACCGGGGCUACUACAUCCCCAAGGGCACCAACAUCCUGGGGAACAGCUGGGCCAUCAACCUCAACGAGCAAUACUACCCGAACCCGGACCACUUCAACCCCCUGCGCUUCCUCGAAGUCUCCGACCCAGCCUCCCUGGGCUACCUACCCAAAGAAUACCUCGCAUCCACACCAUUAGAACGCGGCGCCCCCCAUCCUUCCAAGCUAGGCCACUCCUCCUUCGGCUGGGGCCGCCGCAUCUGCCCCGGUGCAGACCUGGCCUCGAACAACUUGUACAUCGCCAUGGCGCGCGUGCUGUGGUGCUUCGACAUCCGUCCCUCGAAGGGCUACGUGUACGACACGUACGACUACACGGACGGCUUCAACAUCCGCCCCAACGGCUAUAAAUGUGAAAUCACCAUCCGGAGCGACCGCCACCGGCAAGUGCUCGAAAAGGACUAUCAAGAGGCCAAGGACUAUCUUGUGAGGAAUUUCCCCUUGUUCAAGGAGCAUGAGAUUGUCGUAUAA